UGGCAAUUGGCAUUUGAGAUUUGGCAAGUCUUAAAUCACCCUUGGCAAGUCGCCGGUCAGCAUUCGGCAGCAUUCGCAAUUCGACAACCAUCAAUUUAUUCGCAAUCGCCAUUUUUCUUUUCUACCAAGCAUUGUGGUGUAAAAGAUAAAACAUGGGUUCCGUGAAACAGAGUAAAAAGACUAGAAGUGGGCGCGAAUCGUCUUCCGACAGUGAAUCAGGGAAUGAUGAGACGGUGGUGAGAGACAGCGAUCUAGUGCAACACUUGAUGAGGAGGUAUUUUGAACGCAGUAUUCACACUGAAAAUAUCGCUGCUCUACCACCUAAAGUGCGCCGACGUCUCAAGGCACUCAGAUUCCUGCAGAAGGACUUUGUUGACAUUGAAGCCAAGUUUUAUUCCGAAGUGCACGAGCUGGAAUGCAAAUAUGCCAAACUUUACAAGCCAAUAUUUGAAAAGAGAGCCGAAAUUGUCAAUGGCCAUUAUGAACCUACUGAUGCUGAAUGUCACACACCAUGGCAUGAUGACACCGAGGAGGAAGAGCUAGCAAAAGCUGUUCAAAAUGCUGCCAUCACUGACAAGGAACAGAAUGACCAAAACAAAACUGAAGAACCACCCAUGGACCCAAAUGUCAAAGGAAUUCCAGACUUCUGGUACACAAUAUUCAAGAAUGUCUCCAUGCUAUCAGAACUGAUGCAAGAGCAUGAUGAACCAAUCAUUAAGAGCCUGCAGGAUAUCAAAGUGAUCAUGCAUGAAGACCCAAUUGGAUUUACAAUCGAGUUUCACUUUGCUCCCAAUGACUACUUCACAAACACAGUUCUUACUAAAGAGUACUCAAUGAAAUGCAAGCCUGAUGAAGAAAGCCCAUUGGAAUUUGAAGGACCUGAAAUCUAUGCGUGCAAGGGUUGCACAAUAGACUGGAAGAAGGGCUGUAAUGUAACAAUGAAAACUAUUAAGAAGAAACAGAAGCACAAGUCCCGUGGUUCAGUCCGGACCAUCACCAAGACCGUGCAGGCGGACUCAUUCUUCAACUUCUUCAAUCCACCAAGCAUGCCCGAUGAUCCCAACUCCACCAUCGCAUCUGAUACACAGGCACUGUUGGCUGCGGACUUCGAGAUUGGCCACUACAUCCGCGAGCGAGUGGUGUCGCGUGCCGUGUUGCUGUACACCGGCGAGGGACUCGACGAGGACGACGACGACUACGAGGAGGAGGAGGAGGAAGAAGAAGAAAGUACUUCGGAGGAGAGUGACGAUGAUCACCCCGCGCCUCGGAGACGCAACAAGAAGCCGACGAGCAAGAGCAGUGCGGAGAAUCCCGCAGAGUGUAAACAGCAGUAGAACUGAACCCUCAUCAUCAUCACCAUAUUGGAUCUCUUAUCUGUUUCAGUCGACAAACUCAGUCUCUCCCAAUUUUUUUUGGUUUCAAAAUUACAACUGAAAAAUAGUAUUAAUUCAGAAUGCUAAUAAUGGGUUUUUUAAUAGCAUGUUAUAAUUGCAGGAUUAUUGAGAUCGUAAGUCACUUCUACCAAUGACUUAAUCUUUUAAAUUUCACAUCAUAAUAUUCAUUUUGUACAACUUAUAGAUUUUGUUUUAUAUAUUAUAUAUAUCUGACAUAAAUUAGGCCCGAAAGAAAUUAUAAUUUUUAUAGAAGUAAAACAACUACGAUGUCUUUAAGCGUUAGCAAUUUACAUAAUAUCAUAGGAUAUAAUACUUUAAUAUGUGUUUAAUUCACUCCUCCAGCUUUUAGGGCUGAUAGGUACAUUUAAAUCCAUGUUUAUAUUGAUCGCCCAUCUCGCACAUUGUCAUGGUAUUAGUUGCCAGCGCGGAUGUUGAAAUAAAAAAAAAAAGUCGAAAAAAAAAUACCACGGCGGUCUCUGCAGUUUUUAGAUUUAGUCAGAUAAUUCGAAUUAAGAUUUCUAUACACUACAAUAAUAAUUAUUAUGAAAUGUAAAAAUAAUUUUUCCCACGUUAACUAAAAUAAAAUAAACAAUUUCCAAACGCUAAUUGAAAUGUCGGUGCUUAUAAAUUAUAUUUUAAAAUUACCCUUUAAUAGUUUUUGUUCACUGAGAAUCAGAGUAAUUGUUAUAUUUUUCUACUUGAUUAUUAUUCGCCAUGGCGCUAUUUGUUCCGAUGUGUCUUUAUGUUAUGUACUAGUGAUAAUGGUUAUUUUUAUAAUUAUGUUAACUGAUAAGCGUCUGUCUCGAAUUUCGCUCUCUGAAUCUGCGAAUGUAAUAUAUUUUUUAUUUUAUAUAUUUACAUUUGAGAGCAUUGGUGAUUUUUAAGACCAUUAAUGAAAACAAAAUCACACCUGAAAAUAAAGUUUAAACUUAUUUAAUAAACCAUUAGCGCUAUAAGGCUUUUCAUGCAUUUCAUAAUAUAAUUCAUACUGUUGAAAAGUUAAUUAUUUCAAUGAUUUUGGUAUUUUAAAGACAAUUGUGCACCUACCUAUGUAAUGUUUGUGUUAAGAGUUUCAAUUGCACACCGGUGAAAGGCCGUAUUCGUGUAAUAUUUGUAUUAAGAGUUUCAAUCGAUUCUCAAUUUUGAAUUGAACACCGGUGGAAGGCUGUAUUCUUGUAAUGUUUGUGGUAAGAGUUUCAAUCGAUUCUCAAUUUCAAUUGAACACCGGUGGAAGGCCGUAUUCUUGUAAUGUUUGUGGUAAGAGUUUCAAUCGAUUCUCAAUUUCAAUUGAACACCGGUGGAGGGCCGUAUUCUUGUAAUGUUUGUGGUAAGAGUUUCAAUCGAUGCUAAUUUUCAAUUCCACACCGGUGAAAGGCCGUAGUCGUGUAAUGUUUGUGGUAAGAGUUUCAAUCCAUCCUCAAUUUCAAUUGAUCACCGGUGUAAGGCCGUAUUCUUGUAAUAUUUGUGGUAAGAGUUUCAAUCGAUGCUCAAUUUCACACCGGUGUAAGGCCGUAUUCGUGUAAUGUUUGUGGUAAUAGUUUCAAUCGAUUCUCAAUUUCAAUUGAACACCGGUGGAAGGCCGUAUUCUUGUAAAGUUUGUGGUAAGAGUUUCAAUCAAUGCUAAUUUACAAUUCCACACCGGUGAAAGGCCGUAGCCGUGUAAUGUUUGUGGUAAGAGUUUCAAAAUCGAUUCUCAAUUUCAAUUGCACACCGGUGGAAGGCCGUAUUCGUGUAAUGUUUGUGGUAAGAGUUUCAAUCGAUUCUCAAUUUCAAUUGAACACCGGUGGAAGGCCGUAUUCUUGUAAAGUUUGUAGUAAGAUUUUCAAUCGAUGCUCAAUUUCACACCGGUGUAAGGCCGUAUUCGUGUAAUGUUUGUGGUAAGAGUUUCAAUCGAUUCUCAAUUUCAUUACACACUGGUGGAGGGCCGUAUUCUUGUAAUGUUUGUGGUAAGAGUUUUAAUCGAUGUUAAUUUUCAAUUGCACACCGGUGAGAGGCCGUAGUCGUGUAAUGUUUGUGGUGAGAGUUUCAAAAUCGAAUCUCAAUUUCAAUUGCACACCGGUGGAAGGCCGUAUUCUUGUAAUGUUUGUGGUAAGAGUUUCAAUCGAUGCUAAUUUUCAAUUGCACACCGGUGAAAGACCGAAUUCUUGUAAUUUUUGCAUAUCGGUGAACAGGUGUGUUUGUUAUGGUGUGGUAAUAUUUGAAGAUACGUUAUAACAUAACAGUGACGUGGUUAAAGUUUCAAUCGGCCCAGUAUUUGUAAGUUACAUAAUAUAUACUGGUGAAAAGCCUUAUUCGUUAAUUCAUCGUCAGUAAAUUUCCGAGAGCAAAAUUCGUGGCAGAGUUUCCCUGCUGUUUAUUAACGGUCUGCAAGACUGUAGUUUAGCAUAGAUGCAAUUGUGGACGGAAGUUAUCAAUUGUGGAGGAGAAAGCUAUUUUGUAGUGACCUAUGAAAUAGCACUCGCCAAUUCGCUAUUAGGAUAUCUGUACACUUUAAAAUAAAUAUAACAUUGACAAUU